CUCAUCAUUCUUAUAACGAGCACUGCCACACGAGAACACAAGCACGCGGUAGUAUUUGUACCGUAUAGACAAAAAAAAUCUAGCAUUAAGGUUUCAUCAGUCAUCAAUUCGAAUUUGCCCGAAAUUCCCAUUCCCAUUUCCAUUUCAGUUCUUUCAAAAAAAAAAAAAAAAAGCUUCUUUUUCUCAUUUGCUGUUUCUGUUUCUGUUUCUGUUUCUGUUUCGAUUAACAAAAGAACCCCACAAACCAGAGAGAAAAAAAUAUAAAGGAAAACAAGAGUUAGCUGUCUCGAUCAUAUUCUUCGUUCUGGUCUUGGAUCCACAGCAGCCAACUACGAUCAAUAAAAGGUUAUAAACCCAAUUUGCGAUUAUUAUACGGAUAUUCUGUUGAAGUUCCUCAAGUUAAUCGCUCAGCAAGUUCAUUACAGCUUUCUUGAGUUCUACUUUGAAAGGGGGAACCUAGGGAAUGCUGCAUGAUGUGCCUGAAUGUUUGGAACUCUGUCACUGAUGCCCAUAAGUUAGUGGCAUUGCAAGACUUGCCUUUUGUUGUCCUUGAUGAGACUAGAUUCUUAGAUUGUACUUCCUCAUUCGCAUGUUCUGCUGAAGAGCAAUAUGAGCCUGCAACUCUUUACAAAUUUCCUGUCUUGUUAAUGCGUGAUCUAUGUGAAGACGGUUGAGCUGCUUCUACUGCGCGUAACUCUUAUGUUUUGUGGAUUAUAUAUGUAGCGUAUUGGUGGGAUAGAAUAGUUGAGAUUAUUGAAUUUGCAAUUUUGGCCUGUGAUGGAAAAUAAACCCAGUAUCUUGACACAAAAAUAUGAGAUAGGGAGAUUGCUUGGCCAAGGCACCUUUGCAAAGGUUUAUUAUGCAAGGAGUAUCAGAACGUAUCAAAGUGUGGCAAUUAAGGUGAUUGACAAAGAGAAGAUUUUAAGGGUAGCGCUUGUUGAUCAGAUCAAGAGGGAAAUAUCUGUGAUGAGAAUUGUUAGACACCCUAAUAUUGUGCAGCUUUAUGAGGUCAUGGCAACCAAAAGUAAGAUUUACUUUGUAAUGGAGUAUUGUAAAGGUGGUGAACUCUUUAACAAGGUUGCUAAAGGAAAGCUAAAGGAGGAUGUUGCAUGCAAGUAUUUUCAACAGUUGAUCAAUGCAGUUGAUUUCUGCCACAGCAGGGGUGUUUAUCAUCGAGACAUUAAGCCAGAAAACCUAUUGUUGGAUGAGAAUGAGAAUCUAAAGAUAAGUGACUUUGGGUUAAGUGCACUUGCUGAAUCCAAACACCAAGAUGGACUACUCCAUACAACUUGUGGGACACCUGCAUACGUAGCUCCGGAAGUGAUCAACAGGAAAGGCUAUGAUGGGGCGAAAGCUGAUAUAUGGUCUUGUGGUGUGGUUUUAUUUGUUCUACUGGCAGGUUAUCUUCCAUUUCAUGAUUCAAACUUGAUGGAGAUGUACAGAAAAAUUGGCAAAGCUGAGUUCAAAUGCCCUAAUUGGUUUCCUCAAGAAGCUCGUAGGCUGCUGUUUAAGAUGCUUGAUCCAAGCCCCACUACUAGGAUUUCCAUGGAUAAGAUAAAAGAAAGUUCUUGGUAUAGAAAAGGAUUGAACUCUAAACAGAAGAAAACUGAAACAGAAAGUCAGGAUGUUUUGGACAGGAAUGGUUCUGGCCCUUCUGAGAAUAGCAGCAUGUCUUUGGAGGCAAAGCAUGAGUCAGUCGAACCUCCAAAGUUAAAUGCUUUUGAUAUCAUUUCUCUUUCAGCUGGGUUUAAUCUCUCUGGAUUAUUUGAUGAAAAUUCUCAACUGAGAGAAGCAAGAUUUACUUCUGUGCAACCUGCAUCGGUCAUCAUAUCUAAACUUGAAGAUGUUGCCAAGCGUCUAAGGCUGAAGAUCAUGAAGAAGGAAGCAGGUUUGCUGAAAAUGGAAGGACUACAGGAGGGUAGAAAAGGGCCCUUAUCCAUUGAUGCAGAGAUCUUUGAGGUCACUCCGAAUUUUUAUUUGGUAGAGGUGAAGAAAUCUAGCGGAGAUACAAUGGAAUAUCAGAAGGUAUUGAAAGAGGAUAUAAAGCCUGCUCUCCAAGAUAUUGUUUGGGUUUGGCAAAGCGAGCAACUACAGCAGCCCCAGCAGCAGCAACAAGAACAAGAAACUACAUUAGCAGCAGCUGCAGCAAUGACAUAGUAGACUAGACUAGCAGUGUUUUCCUUGUUUGCUUAUCCCAUUCUCGAAGUGCUUGUGUUUUAAUGAUGACUUAUGGUUGUGUGUCCACGUUCAUUAAGUGCUCAUUUUUUUUUUUCCAACUUAGUGUUUGUCUAUGUGAGUAUUAGAUCCCACCUAAAUGAAUUUGCUUGUAUUUGGUUUGUUGUGAACAAGGACUUACUGUUAAAGCAGUGAUCUUCUGUUUCUGUAA